AUGGAGUAUAAGAUCCGGGAAGAGGAACUCCGAAGAAGUGUCAACGCAUCUUGUGACGAUGCUGCAGGCGCCUUUACAGAGACUAUUUACCAGAAAUUUGUAGACCAAAAGUGCAAGCUUCGAAGCGUUCCAAUCACCGUCAUGGGAAUUUCCAGAGAGUCUUGGAAAGCUCAGUGGGCUGUGAUGAACUGA